AGGGCGCUGUUGGUGCUACGCUCCCUCGGUUUUCCUAAGCGGGGCCCAAAGACAAGCAUGGCGGCUUCCAGUGUGUUCCGACCGGGCUUGUUCAACCAUAAAGUUGCAAUAGUGACGGGUGGAGGCACCGGGAUCGGUAAAGCUAUCUCUGCGGAGCUGCUGGAGCUGGGCUGCAGUGUGGUGAUCUCCAGCAGAAAGGCAGACAGGCUGGAGGCAGCAGCUCGGGAGAUGAGACAGAAAAUCCCCCCCUCCAGUCCUGCAAGUGUCACUGCUCUGCCCUGUAACAUCCGCAGCGAGGAGGAGGUGAAGGCUCUUGUGUCAUCAGUGCUGAAGCGAUAUGACCGUAUAGACUUUCUGGUGAACAACGGAGGAGGUCAGUUCAGAAGCCCUGCAGAAGACAUGUCCUCUAAGGGCUGGAAGGCUGUGGUAGACACCAACCUGACAGGAACCUUCCACUGCUGCAAAGAGGUCUACACAGCAUGGAUGAAGGAGCACGGAGGAGCCAUCGUCAGCAUCAUCGCUAACAUGUGGAACGGCUUCCCAGAUGCGGCCCACACAGGAGCAGCGAGGGCAGCGGUGGAUAACUUAACUAAGAGUCUCGCCAUCGAGUGGGCAGCCUCGGGGGUCCGAAUCAACGCUGUUGCACCUGGUACAAUCUUUUCCAAAACUGCGAUGGAGAACUAUAAAGAGUAUGGACCACAUCUUUUCAAGAUGUCUGUUCCAUUCACUCCUGCGAAGAGGCUGGGAGUGCCCGAAGAGGUCUCAUCUGCGGUGUGUUUCCUGCUCUCUCCUGCUGCUUCCUACAUUUCUGGAGCCACGUUGAAGGUCGAUGCAGGACAAAGUUUGUAUAAGUCCAUGUGGGAGAUACCGAACCACAGUGCAUGGCCCGAGGCUCCAGAGGGGGAGAACCUGGAUGCUCUGAAUGAACUGGUCGACCCAAAAAGCAAACUCUGAUUCACUCAUGGGACGUGCGAGAGCACAAAAUCCCCACGCCAAAAGGCAUCGUGGACUCUGAGCCACAAGCAUUAUCAAGCACACCGUGGUGGCCUGGUUAGAAAGUCUGUAUAUGUAGUGUGUGACUGAUUAUUAAGAGUCUGCACAUGAUUGUAUGUAAUUAAUAGCACUACAAGUGUCCAGAGGUAAAGAUUUGUAACAUUCCAGCUGCUGAAAUGUACAUAUUGUUUUUCUUUCCAAUUCUCUUGUCAGUAAGUCUAUGAGCAAAGUUUAAUAAAACUGUAAAACAGAA